AUGGGGUUUCUAUCUGACCAUCAACAUACUGAGAUUAGUGAUUAUUUGGAGGAUCUUGUUUCUCAGGAUGAUAAUAGUACAGUGUUUGCAAGGAAAACUGUGAAGUUGAUUCGUUUAAUUGAUGAUACGAGAGAUGACGGUUUGUAUUUAGAGAAUCAAAAAGAGGCUGCUAGGAAAAUUAGGAAGUUGUUGAAAUAUAAUGAUAAUGUGUCCGUGAAGAAGAGAUGUUUUAAUUUGCUAUCAGAGUUCAUUAUUUAUAACAAUUGUAAGUUCCGUGAGUUAUACAACGAUCAGAAACUGUUACUUGCUAUUCAGACCACAAUAUCUGCCAAUAGCAAGAAAAUAAAAUUUUUUACCAAUUGUUUUCUGGAAUGGAUCAAGUUCAUUAAUGAUGGGAAAAACUCAUCCAGUAGCACUUAUAGAGGUUUGGUGGAAUUGUAUCGUCAAUUCAAAAGUAAAUCGAGUGGUAACAGGAGGGUUUUCGACUUGCAGAAGGAGUCUCCCAAGAUCAGGCUACUUGUUGGCGACUCUUUGUCUACCUCCAUUGCUUUGAAGAACCGAUUGUUGCAAUUGAGACCUGGUCAGACAUCGGUGGAUGAUAAGGACUCGACGGAUUUGUUUGUAAAGUGCAGAGAGUUGAGAAGGGCAGUAUUGAAGUAUAUACAAUUUGUGCAAGAAGGUGAGUUGUUGGGCUCAUUAGUCCACGCAAAUGAUGAAUUGGUAAACAGUUUGAAGAAAUACGAUGAACUGAGUGGGCUUGAUGAAGUUAACAACUAUGACAGUGCUACUUCUGAGUCCUCAUAUUACGAAACGGACGAAGAGGAUUAUGACGAUAUUCAACCUCUAAGCAGUAGAGAAACUUCGAAUGCAUCUCGUGCUGCUCCACAGAACGUAAAUAAACAAAACUCUAGAGAUUAUGAUCCAUUCGGCGAUCACAAUGGCAUUUUUUAA